GACUAAUUGUCCUCCUCUCCCCUUUUUCAGCCAAUGAGCUCAGCGUGGCAACAUGCAGUCUUGGCAUGGCUUGGUAGUCUACUGGAAUAUGGCAUUGUCAACUCAAGGAACAGAUACAUCCAUCUUUGCUACACAUCUGUUCUUAACUUUAUGCAACACUUAAAUCUGUGUGCAUUGGCCUGCAAAAUACUGCAGUACAUAACAAUACGGGAAGAUGUGACAAAGAAUCGUGUGCUAUUCCUGAUGAUGCUGAAAGGCAAACCUGGUUUUCACAACAGUACUUGCCAUCUUCUCAGACUGUAUCAACUGUUCCGACCUGACUUGGUGGUUGGUCAUCUGCCAUACAAGAGAACAGUGCCAUUGACACCAAAGAACCUAAAGCUAUCCUUGAUUGCUGCAAGAGCGAGGCUUCAGGAUGGCUCAGAAGGUUCCUUGGUCCAAGACAGUGACAAUGUUUGGGCUGAGGAAAUUAGAGCAGAAAGGGCUAAUCCUCAUGACCGUCAUACAGCUAUUCCUCAAGCAAAUAAUAAUGUUUAUACAGAGAAGUUAGAGGAAAAGAAGGAAAAGAUGAUAUUUGUUUCUCAGUACAGGAAGUUCCCUGAGGUAGUAAAAGGAAUGAAAGACUUUGAAAAGUGGCAGUGGCCUAAUAACUCAGCAUCUCAUCUUUCCAAUCCUAUUAUUAUUCCCUUAUUUAGACCUCACCAGCAACAUGUUUUAAUUAGCAUAACCAACUGGCUGGAAUUAGCCUUGAGAACAGAGGUUGUGGAAGACCUGGGGACAUCCAGUGAAGAGCGUCAACAGAGGCUUCUCUUGGCUGCACAUAACCUUGUUCGCUGUACAGGAACCCUCAUCCCUGUUGUCAACCACUUCCUCACAGAAUUUUUAACUAAAUGGGAUGAAUCAAACCACUUCAAACAAGUCAUCUCCCUCCUGGAAACUACAACCUUCACUUCCCCUGAAUUCAUCUCUGAGACUUUCUUAAGGACAGUUGCCAGACUCCUAAGUGGUGAUUCUCUGGUAACUUGGUGUUUGGUUGUUGCUGCCAUUGCUAAGACAGCCUGUGCAUGGGCAAUAGUUGCUCAGGAGGAAGACCAACAAAAAGAGAGAAAACCCUAUCAUGACUGGCCUCAGGAAGUGGUGAGCUGCAAUACAAUUGUAGGACUGUGGUUUCUUAUGGUACGAAUGGAGCGUUUCUUUCUCUCUGCUCUUCUGGACUUCAAAUACCAUCCAAUGGUCUUGCAUCAGAUUUUGGAUUUUUAUGUCAAGGUAAAUAUGUACACUGAAGUCCUAGAGCUUCCAGCCUUCUUUGCACCUCCUGCUCUGCUGACUCUGGUCAUCCUUGUACAAGGUGACAUUUCCAGCACUCAUCGCCUUGGUGGUCUCCUAGCAAGAAUGAAGGUUUGGGUGGAACGAGUCCAAGAGGACAAACGUACAGGAUCAGAAGAGGACAUCAGGCAAGAAUGUCUUAGCUUGGCUGACGUUGCCAACCAGUCAAUUCUGUUCUUCUCCUCAGCACUGCAUUCUUCAAAGGCUUUUGGAUCAGGUUGGCGGAAGGUUCUGCACCAGUAUUACUCUUUUGAAACUCUAGGAGACUUGAUGGGCACAGAUAGCAUACGAAGUAGUACUGCCAUCUUCUCUGCACUUCCCUAUAUUCCCUUCUAUGCUAAGGAAGUUGUGGAAUAUGAGGAUGAAUUGGAUCCAAAGACUAGAGGAGAUUUGCGAGACCACAUCAUUGAGGAGCUCAGCAAUGCAGGAUUAACAGGAAUUGAAGAGUGUUUAAAAAUGUAUAAAAAAAUGUAAGAGACUACUUUUGAAACUGAAUUAUUAAAGAAUGCAAUCUAGACAUGUUUUGUAUAUCUGUAUCACACUUUUAAGUUGGAAAAUAUAAAAGUAUCUUCUCUUUUUCCCCUAUGCAAUUUCUUAUAUAUGUAUUUAUUUAUAUGUGGAAUUGAAUAUGGAAUCCCAUGCAUUUCAUUCUUUUGUAACUAGCUAUAUAGUUUUCAAAAACUCCACUACAGUAUAUUUCCUGUCAUAUUAAUUAGCUCACAUAGCUCUCCAGAACUAACAUUUGAAUUAUUAAUACUUUCAAAUUUAGAUUGUAUUUUUGAAGAACUAUAUUCCCCUUAACAAAUUUGAUGAUGUGUUUCAUUUUUGUUAUUAGGAUAUAUAUUUCUUCCAGUUCACUGUGUUUUCACAAAUAUAGUUUAAGGUAAAAUAUUUUAUUUGUUUGUAUCUGUGUUUCAAUACAGAAUU